AUGACUUCUUCGUCUAUCAAGCUCGCUGUCUUGGAUGAUUACCAUAACUUCGCAGCGCAGCACUUCUCCCAUAUUGACCCCUCCAGGGUUGAAGUUACCGUCUUCCGUGACACGCUACCAGCAUAUACACACCCCAAGACUACAGAUGCCGACCGCAAGGCCCUAGUCGAUCGGCUCAAGCCUUUCUCCGCCCUGUCCACGAUGCGCGAGCGUACACCAUUCCCCAGCGAGCUACUCCAUCAGCUGCCCAACCUCAAAGUCAUAUUUGCGACCGGCGGAAAGUUCGAGAGUUGGGACGUGGAUACAAUACGUCGGCUAGGCAUCAAAGUCUGCGCGGCGCCGGGAAAGGGAAGGACGGAUGGAAGAGGCAGUGGCCCGUCUCCGCGUUCAUUACCGGUCACGAAAGGCGGGGGUCCUCCGACGACACAGCACAUAUGGGCGCUCAUCCUGGCGCUGGCACGGAACGUAGCUUCUGAUGACGCAGUCGUCAAGGGCAAAGGAGUGGCCCCUGGCUGGCAAACCGAGCUGGCUAUUGGCUUGCAGGGGAAAACACUAGGCUUGGUAGGUCUUGGAAGACUAGGUGCACAUGUAGCAAGGAUAGGUGUGCUCGCUUUUGGUAUGAAAGUCGUGUGCUGGAGUACAAACUUGACGCAGCAGAAGGCGGAUAAAUUGGCUGAGGAGGCUGGCCUGGCAGUGACGGGCGGAGGCGUCAUUGGUGAGGAUGAGAAGACGUUCAAGGUCGUCAGCAAAGAGGACCUAUUUCGAACUUCUGACGUCGUAACGGUGCAUUAUGUGCUCAGCGAGCGCUCGCGAGGCAUUGUAGGCGCGCAAGAGCUGCAGUGGAUGAAACCUUCUGCCCUCUUGAUCAAUACGUCUCGAGGACCACUCGUCGACGAAGCAGCGCUACUAAAUGUACUCCGGAAUGGGCGCAUCCGCGGUGCCGCACUCGACGUAUUUGAUAUUGAGCCUCUGCCAGCGGACAGCCCCUGGCGCUCUGAGGAUUGGGGUGCUAAGGGUAAGAGUCGGGUACUACUGACACCGCAUAUGGGGUAUGUGGAAGAGGGAACAUUAACAACUUGGUAUGAGGAGACAGCAGAGAACUUGGAAAGACUUGUCGAAGGGAAAGAGCUGCUGCAUUGCAUUACAUGA